AUGCAUCUGUCUGUCCAUACUUGGAUGAGGCCUGAGCCUUUGGAAGUCAGCCUCAAGCGCGCCUCCGAGCUCGGCUACACCAGCAUCGAACUCGCGGGGGAGCCCGGUCUCUACCGUAUUGAAGAAACCAGGCAAUUGCUCCAGAAAUACGGGAUCCAGUGCUGGGGAACCGUGACGAUCCAGCAGGGAGAGCGAGACUUGAUCGCUGCCGACCCACAGCAGCGGAGAGCCACAAUCGAGUACAUGAAGGAGGUAGUCCGGUUAUCCAAGGGGCUGGGUGGGGAAAUCACCACGGUCGUGCCUGGCAGAGUAGGCAAGUUGAUUGCUACCUCGACCCCGGAGAAUGAGUGGCGAUGGGCCGUCGAGGGCCUGAAAGAGGUGGCGGCGCUUGCCCAGGAGCUCGGCAUCAAAGUCGGCAUCGAACCGCUCAACCGCUUUGAGACGUACUUCCUGAACCGGACGGACCAGGCGCUGGCUCUCGCCGACGAGGUCGGGUACGGCUGCGGCGUCACGUUCGACCCCUUCCACCUCGCCAUCGAGGAGCGAGAUCUGCUAGCCGCCGUCCGGGCCUGUGGGCCGCGCAUCGUCGACUUCCACGUCGCGGACAACAACCGCCUGGCUGCCGGCGAGGGAUCGUUCGACUGGGACGGCAUUGUGGCUGCGCUGGCCGAGACGGGCUACGACGGCGGCCUGGCGGUUGAGUGCAUGCCGCCCAUCGACCGCUCACCGGUGGGCGAGUUUGGCGCCAGCCAGCUGGAGCAGGGUGAUGCCGAUGUGCACGCGGACCACCUGCAGUUCAUUGUCGAUCACGGUUCGGGUUUGUUCUCCGAUGCGUACUACACCGGCCAGCUUAGCAAGUCGGCGGAGACGAUGCGGCGAUACGUUCAUUGA